AUGACCCCUGCGCAGAAACGUGCAAAGCAACAAAUUCUAGACGAACAGGUCCAUUUCAUAAUCAUAACGCGCGAUAACAACAAACCGGAUGCAUACGGCACAGCCUCCACCACAAAUGGCCCUCUGACAUGGGGAGCCGUAGCAACAGCAUACAACGAGAAAUACAAUGUCUCCGUCACUGCAGCAGCGAUGGAGAAGCGAGUGAGACAGCAUCGCACUUCAUGGCUAGCAAACCACCCAAACUAUCCCACCACAAUCGUGUAUGCGGAAAAAGACAAGUUCCAACAAACUCCUUGUCCUGAAACUAGCGCUACUGAACGUAGAUAUGGGAACACGUAUGAGCUUCUGGACAAACAGGCUGCCCGUGGGCAUAUAGCAGGCUAUUUACCUCCAGAUGACAUUCGCAACCAAUCCGACAUGCGUUACUACAUCGAGCGUGGAACGGCAAUCAACACCGGUGUCGUCACCAUCCAGAUCCUAAAUACGCAUGGAGAACCUAUCGACGCUAUUAGCAUCGACAGCCAACUUUUCCAGCGAAGUUCCGGUGUUCUCGGUCGACUUCGAAGCAGCGAACUUCAACUGGAAGUUGAGCUGAACAUCUCGGCAGUAGCAGCCAUCCAGUGCUAUGUCGCGUGCGCAUCUUCAGAUGAACUUCCUGCAUCGCCGAAUCAAGAGAUAGGGAAGGAGAUUUCCCUCAUACAGCUAUACUGUCUCGCUGCGCAGUUAGAAGAUGAGCAUGUGAAAGGGUUGGUGUUGGAUCGCUGGCAGAUGUUGGCUGAUGGGGGUGAAGAAGUUGAGUUGGAUGUUGAUGAGCUUAACUUGCUGUUUGAUUGUACGGAGUAUGGUGAUCUGGCGCGUAGGUUUUGGGUUGAGGCGGUAUGUGCGGCGGGAUUGAGUGAGGAGCUGCUUGCGAGGAGGGAGUGUGGGAUAGCGCUUGCUGAGCAUGUUCGAGACUCCAUGCUUUCUUAUGCUUGA